AAUUUAUAAAUAACGUUAAAAAAAAUAAAGUAAAUUAAAACAUAAACACUGAUGACGUCAUUUUUGGAGGCAAUUUCAAGCUUGCUAACUCGCGGCAAAAUCAACUUCGCAACAUAAUUUUUUUCAGAAAAACUAGAAAAUGUGUUCCACUGGACAUAUAUUUAAUUCUCCAAGACUAAACAAGUCGUCGAGAGGACAAAUACAGGUGAUAUUUGGUCCUAUGUUUUCUGGCAAAACGACAGAAUUAAUGAGAAGAAUGAAAAGAUACCAGAUAGCCAAUUAUAAAUGCUUGGUCAUUAAAUACUCAAAAGAUGACAGAUAUGACAAAGAAGGCAUAGCUACACAUGAUAAACAAACAUUGCCAGCAGUCCCAGCAGAAAAGUUAGAUGAUGUUUUAGUUAUGGCUGAGAACUUUGAUGUUAUUGGUGUGGAUGAAGGACAGUUUUUCCCAGAUGUUGUGAGUUUUAGUGAUGAGAUGGCAGAGAGAGGUAAAACUGUUAUAGUUGCAGCAUUAGAUGGAACUUUUCAAAAGAAGGGAUUUGGAAACAUCUUAAAUCUAGUACCUUUAGCAGAGAAUGUAAUCAAAUUGACUUCUGUUUGUAUGGGUUGCAAUAAUGAAGGGUCUUUUACAAAGAGGAAAGGCCAAGAAACUGCAGUUGAAAUAAUUGGAGGAGCUGACAAAUACCUUGCUGUUUGUAGAUCCUGCUUUAAAUCACCAUUGAAGUCACCAAGAAAACAUGAAACACCUCCAUUUAACAUUAUGAAAGAAGCAAAAACAGUGGCAAACAGAAAGUUGUUCAAUUCUCCUGUUAAAAAUUGUUAGUGUUUGUUAUGAGUUACUCAUAUGAUACUCCAUGAUCUCUAUUCCAGGGUGAAUGAUAUUAGGUCAAUAAAAAUUUCUUGUGUUACAGGUUAUCAAAACAAAUUGACUACAUGUAACUGACUUUGAUUCUUUCAUACAUUUAUUCUUUUAUAUUAAUUCUGACUCCUAAAUGCAUUUACUUGUAGAGAAUGCAUUAUUUAUAAUAAAUACCUCCAAUUUUGAAGUUCAGCUGACUUCAGAUUUUUUUACUUACAAAAGUCGACUUUUUCAUUCAUUUUGACUUAUUUUUAAUGUAACCUGGACCAAAGGGUGUUUUGGAUUGACCUAUAUAUAGUACAAUUUAAAUAUGAAGUAUUCAAAAAUUUAUUGAAAAACCUGGUGAUUUGGAGGUUAAACUAUCAAUUAAUUUAUUUUGUGUAUCGUCUUUAUAAUAUAUAUGCAAAUUAAUUCCUAACUUGUAGUUUUAUUGUGGACCAAUAGCAACUUACAAUUUGAAACAAUGUCAUAUCUCUUUUUAUCAUGCAUUUUAAUGUAAUACUUUGUAUUAACUGCAGCAUUCUCCAGAAUUAUUUACAGAAAUAUAAUUUGGAUUUAAAUUUUUCUUUUUAACAUACAAAAAGCAACAAAAUCCAAUACCCAAUGAAAAACAAAUUUGUUUGAUUUGUACUAUGCCUAAAACCAUGAAUAAAUGUGAUUUCAAAGAUGUCAUUUUGCAAAAAAUAACUGGAAGUCAUUUAUAUAAUGAAAACAUUGUUUUGUUUCUUAAUAAAUAAUUAUAGAUUGUUUCGGAAUUGAUGUAGAAUUGAAAGUAUUUUAUUUUGCUGAUUGGAAUAUUUUGAAUGAGGAAUGUCUAA